AUGGCAGAUGUAAUCGCUCAACCUUACAAACAACAACGCUGUUCCAGUCGCUUAGAAAAUGCUUUAGAGCAUAUGCGUCGACGUAGUAUACCAGCGAAGAGUUCACGGUCCUUUUCUGCUGAAACUCCAUAUACACUUUAUCAGUCAUUUUACGGUCAAAAUAGUGAUCCAGAAGAUGAUUUUUAUUCCGGUGGAGAUCGUGGCUACUAUGCAAAGCACAUACAGCGACACCCUCACAGCGAUCCACCGCCUUUUACUGGAGGGCUUGAAGACCUAUUUUCCUCAGACUAUGGUCAACGCCAACCUCAUAAAUUAGCUGCUGUUUCCGGUGUCGAUGUUGAAGAUUUACGAGUGCGAUUGCCCGCUAAAACCACCAGCCCACGUUGGGUCGAAGUCGACAAGUGUAGAUUCAGUACACAAAACUCAACACUCGAUACUCGUCUAAUUUUUCCCGAUUUAACAAUUAGCGGCAAAGUGGUGCUUCAGCCGACUGGCGGUAAAUGUCACAUGAUUUUACGUUUGCGUCGAGCAGGAAUUGAAUUUCGUACAGUACCAAUUGGUUUUGAGAAUGCAGUGAUGAAUGAGGAAUCGCGACGUGCUGGAGCCGCUUCUGUGCGAACGGAUUCUCAUUUUGCCGAGCCUGGAUUUAUUUCAGUUUUUGCACAUGGCUGUCAAGGGCCUUCCGGUGUUAGACUACGUCAAAAUUCCAAGCGCCGAUUUGGGUUUGACAACGAUCCAGGCGUGCAGGGUGGUACAACGAAGAAUCCAGUGGUGGCUCUCUCGGAGCCUCAUCUAAUCUUAGGCACUGGUGCAACGCAUAACACACAAACAUCUGGAAAUCGUUGGCGGAAAUACCUAAAUCCAUACACUUAUGAUAUACGUAGUGAAUCCUUUCAGAGAACGAAUCGUGCAGAUCAUGAUCGUCAUUGGCGUAUGAAUGAACAUUCGAAGGAGCAGCCAUUUUAUGAUCCUCCUUAUGAUGAAAAAUCUUACCGUAAACAGUUUCGUGCAAAACGAGAUGUGAGCAACUAUCACCAGCGAUUCGCUCAGACGACGUGGAAUGAUGAAUUCAGCUUCAAUGAUGACAUACUCAAUGUGUCAGACGACUUGCAAGAUCUAAUAGCGCCAGAUGCAAGAGCUUUUGCAGAUCUCUACGCGGAUGUGAGCCAAGAGCAUGAGACCUUGGAUAGGCAAAACGUACGCGAUCGAGAUGAGGCGGGCGAUGCUUUCUCUAACGAGUUGGAGAAGAUAUUUUCAAUGGGUGUACGCGGUUUACUCACUACAUAUAUGCAGCGUGCGCUUCAACCGGCUAUUAAAGAAACGCUAAUGGAAAAUAUGGGCUACACGCUGAGCUAUGGCUAAUCGAAGAGGGAGGGUUUUCGCGUUGGUUGAAUAUUUAUGUAUUUAUUAAUUAGAACUUGGUUUAUUUAAUAUAUUUAGUAAGUAACAUGUUUUAUUUUUAAAGAAAUUGCCUAAAUGUUUAAACUGAAUAAAUUGAAUAAG